AUGGUAUUGCCACUGUUAAAGGUUGGAAGCUUGUUUGUAAAGAGUUUGGCAAAGCCUUUCUCAAAGCAGGUCAAGGCAGUGGCAAGCAAGUCCCCUCGCUUCCAUGACUCUAUGGUCUGGGUUGCUCGUGGUUUCUACAAGAUUGACCUAUAUCUGACAAAGAUUAGUGGCGAUACAACUAGAAAGGCAACACAACUCAAUGUAAAUAGUGCGAUUGAUCUAGGUAGUGAGAUGGCAAGUGAGUUCUUUUUACUUGCGGUGGCCGUUGGACUACUCGCCUACGAGAACAAUCGAUCGGCAGAGAAGGAAAAGAAGAAGGAGGAGGCACUCAGCUCUCGAUUCCAGUCGUUGGAGGAGACGAUCAAGCAGCAGAAUGAGACCAUCGAUCAACUCAAGAGUAUGGUUGGACAGAUGAACAACGCUGGCAGCAUUGUACUUCCAGCUGGUGCAUCAGAAUCACAUGUUGCUAGUAGUAACAGUAACAUGUCGCCAAAGCAAAUGGCCUUUAGAAUACCAGAAUACGACAGUAUACUAAAGGUGGACAAAGGACAUGUCGUCUUGUAA